ACUAGCGUACAGACGUGUACAGGCACGCACUAUGAUAACCGGAAGCAUCAAUAGAAACGAUUGAGGAACGAAAAAAUAUCACCUGUCGAUUUUGUUCAGAUAUCUCUUCUCCACUUAAUCUCCACAUACCAUUUCCACAACACCCAUACCCUUACGGUAAUUAUUUGUCGCCUCAGUCUGGACGGAUAAAGCAGAGCUGGCAGUGUAAUUCUUUGCGCAAACGGGGGGUUUUGGAGGUGCGUUAUAGCCUCGCGACAGAACAAAUGUAAACAAGCAGCUGAUCAGCUGUGCGGCCGAGGACGCGCAAGGAGACGACGUGAUGACAGCGAGCCGCAGGGUUUGACAAACACAUUCUGCAUCAUAUAAAGCCAAAUUAGAGAUGUAUUUGCUUAUUGUAGAGCUUUUGUAGAUGUUAUAGCAGUACACGAGGACACAUACAAAACAGAUACAAAACAAACGGCUUAUUAAUUUAUUAUUAACAUGUUUUGUCACUGAUUAGAAGAGUGAUGAAUAGAUUUAUUUGUCUUAAUAUCUGCUUGAAGAUCGGAUAACUUCACGUCUAACAGGAAAAGCAACAGGAUUCGAGAAAUAGCAAGGGAAGAAUAAGGUUAACAGUCCCUUCUGGGCCCCACGGAAUAAAUAAAUAUUAGAAACGUAUUAAUAUUUACAUGAAGCUGGAAGUUUAAGGCACCCUAACAUCACUUCUCCUGGAGAGCAGCACAGUAAGGCUGAAGGAUCAGGACUGUCAUGGCACACCAGCAGAUGCCGAGCUCUCAGAAGGCUCUGAUGCUGGAGCUGAAAUCCCUGCAGGAGGAGCCAGUGGAAGGUUUCCGCAUCACACUAGUGGAAGAGUCUGACCUUUACAACUGGGAAGUGGCCAUCUUUGGCCCUCCAAACACACUUUAUGAAGGGGGCUACUUCAAGGCCCAUAUAAAAUUUCCUAUCGACUACCCCUAUUCUCCUCCGACCUUCCGAUUCCUCACCAAGAUGUGGCAUCCAAACAUCUAUGAGAAUGGCGACGUGUGUAUUUCGAUUCUCCAUCCUCCUGUGGAUGACCCUCAGAGUGGAGAGCUGCCCUCAGAGCGAUGGAACCCCACACAGAAUGUCAGAACAAUCCUGCUGAGCGUGAUCUCGCUGCUUAAUGAACCCAACACCUUUUCUCCUGCAAAUGUGGACGCCUCGGUCAUGUUUCGCAAGUGGAGGGACAGCAAAGGCAAGGACAAGGAAUACGCAGAGAUUAUAAGGAAGCAGGUAAUAUCCACGAAGGCAGAUGCAGAGCGAGAUGGAGUUAAAGUACCAACGACGCUAGCUGAGUACUGCAUCCAGACCAAAGUGCCUUCUCAUGACAGUAGCUCUGAUCUGCUCUAUGACGAUCUAUAUGACGAUGACAUAGAGGAGGAGGAGGAUGAUGAAGACGAGGCAGAGGCCAGUGGGAUUGGCAGUGAAAUGGCCGGGGACUGUUUUGGUGACGAAGAUGACUCCGGCAAUGAGGAAUCUUGACCUCCUUUCACCGUUUCCGUGACACUGACCUUCGCCCUCUCACUAUUCUUUACCCUGACAGCCUCAUGUUUCAGAUUCUCUUUUCCUGUGCUUAAAGCUUUCUUUUUCCACUCUGUUCCAAGAUCUCUGUCCUUUUCUGCACCCUCCCGUUUCUAAGUAAAGUACACUUUGGCUUCAUAAAACCAGUCAUUUUUUGUAAACGUUUCACAUCCCACUUUCUCCUGUUUCUCAACCUCAGGGCUUUUGGAAAGUCAAAGCUUGUCAGGCCUCCUUUAACAUGUUUAUUUCAAUAUAAAUUGUUUUAUUGAAACAUUUUUUGAGGGCUAGUUCCUUCAUAAUUAAAUUCUGUUGUGAUUUACUCCCCCUCAUGUUGCGAGAGAAAUUUGUUAAGCUGUUUUGAAAAAUUUUUCCUUAAAGGUUAUAACCAAACAAUCCCAGGUUCCAAAUACACCUAGUUCCUCUACUAUAUAGUAGGCAACAACAGUACAUGAGAGAAAAAACCCCAAAAAGAAUCGACAGAUUUGAAAACUUUUAUAUAAACUCAGUUCUUAGAAGAAAAGUCUGAUUUGUGAGAUAUAAAACUGUAAUUGUAAGAAUGAAUUAAUUUAACAAAUAAUAUUACAUGGCGGAAACUACAUAUAAGAAUUAAAAUAAAAAUGGCUGAGAUGUAAUUCAAAAUUCAGAAUUAAGAGAUGUUAACUUUUUUUAAACAAAAUUCAGAGGAGUGAAAAAAGUUUCAGAAAAUUAAGAAUUGUCCAAAUUGCAAUAUACAGUGGCUUCAGAAGAGGAAAAGGCCACAAUUAAGAUGUUCCUUAUAUCACUAAAGCUCUCAUUUAUGCUCCAGGGCAUUGAUUCUUGCUUGUUGCGUAACCAAAUGCAGUUCGCCUGUUGGAAUAAAGAGAGCCGUACAGAUUAGGAAUAUCAUGAGGGUGAGUAAAUAAUGGUAAAACUUUCAUUUUUAAUCAAACUAAACCUUCAACCCACCCCCAUGAGCUAGUUAUGCCUGGUAAAAUCACCAACAAAUGAAGGUUUCCCAGAUUUUCCAAGAACUGUCUUUACAGUAUAGAGCUCCACUGAUUUCAAUGUAUGUUCCUAAAUUCCCACUUUUCCUCAAGAAAUAUAAAUAUUCAAGGGUGGGAAAAUGGAGCACGAAUGGUUCCUUCUCAUUCAAUUUAAGUGUCAUAAUUUUGACCAGCCAUCCACAUCAGCAGGGUCACCUUCACAACUACAUCCUCCUAUCCGCAGCUCCUACCCCCAAAUCAAAUGAGCUUUUUGAGCCAUUAAAUCAGAGUGUCAAAUUAUAUGGCACAUGAAGCUGCUUUCAAGUGCUCCGCAACAGUACCAUUAAUACUACUUCCAGCACACCUUCCUUUUUUCGCUGACCCAGAAACUAUGAUGAGACUGUUGAAGUCACUAUGAUGAUGUCUCACGUUUAUACCCAUUUUGGCUGAAGGUAAUAAUACUGUUCUGCUUAUAAAUGUACACUUACUCUUGCUAAGAAAACACGUAUGAGUGUUCAAGCAGCUGUACCAAACAAUUUCCCUUUCUCACCAAUUUUGACAAUAUUGGAGUUUUUUUUUUUUUAAGUAGGGGUUUGAGAUCAGUGAAUGCUGAGGAUAUUUCACUCAUGGAUGUGAGCCCUUUCACUUUUGCUCUUAUGUUUUUUUCGUUGGCAACGGUGCUGCUGUGGGCCGUAGCUUUCAAAAGCAUGCUUGUGUGUUUUAUAUGAUGUGUCAGUCAGCCGUUGAGGCACGCAAAUCUCUAUGGUCUCUUUGAUUUGGGGUGGAAGCGCAGACGUUUAUGCACAUGGGGUCUCAGGUACACCUUUAUUCCCACAAACCAGCCAAGGACACGGAUGCUGACUCCUGGUCCUACGAAACCCCUCUGGAAGGGAGUGUGGAUGUGAGGAUUGUGAGGGAACGGUGCUCUUGUAUUCACUGAACAAUCGUUCCUGACUCAGUCGCUCCCUUAAACCUCUGGACUAAGAGCCGAAAGGGUUCAACAGGGGCAUGAAUCAAUUAAAUCAGACUGGAUUUUACACAUUCAGCAAGAGACUCGGUGUAUAACACCCCUGUGCACAGCAAAGCGACCAAGUUCAUUUCAAGAAGUGUUGUGCUAACGGUGGAUUUGUCUUGAAGGUUUUUAUUAUUUGUGUGUGUCACGAUGAGUGUUUUUAAUGUUUCAUUAAUAAUUCUUUGACAGGAUUUACGUUCCCGAGUCAGACCACAACAAAUGAAGUUCAAUGCAUUUCCUUUAUUUUGUAAUGAUGUUAAAGGCAAUAGCAUUCUAAAUAUUCACACAAGGAAGAAUGGAAAAAUGAAACAAAUGAUACCCAUUUAAAUUCUAAAGAGAUACAAUUCAUUUUUGAUUGUGUGUAUGUGCAGGAGUUAAUGCUCCUCAACAAUUAAACCAUUUUCAAUUUUGAACU